AUGCAGAUCUUUGUGAAGACCCUGACUGGAAAGACCAUCACUCUGGAUGUGGAGGCCUCUGACACCAUUGACAACGUGAAGGCCAAAAUUCAGGACAAGGAGGGGAUCCCCCCAGAUCAGCAGCGUCUGAUCUUUGCCGGAAAGCAACUUGAGGAUGGCCGUACCUUGUCAGACUACAACAUCCAGAAGGAGUCCACCCUGCACUUGGUGCUGCGCCUUCGAGGGGGCCAUUGCCAAGUCCCAUGCGGAAUCUUUGAUGAUCCAAAGCUUGUGGCUGACGUGAAGGAGGCUGUGGCAACAAUCAAGAAGGCGAUGGUUCAGAUCGGUGAGCUCUCUGCCAGCAUGACCCCGCUCAACAUCAAUCAAAUGACCCGCUGGGUGAACACUAAGGAAGAGCAUGCAGGCAAGAUCGUGAGCCUCAUGUCUGAAUACUGCCUGUGCCAACGUGUGAAGCCUGUGACCGACCCCAAGACGCCCUUCAGCAGCGAGGCGGACUAUAUUGCCGCACUGCAAUCCCACCACCAGGUGAUGCUGGCCGCGGUGAAAUGCAAGCAGAACGUCGAUCCUGCCCUAGCAGAUGCUUUGGAUGCGGCUGUGGCUGAGAUGAGCAAGAUGUACCUGAAGUGA